AUGUGCGAUCUUUUGCACUCGCCAUUUCCCACAUGGCUCUUCAUCACCGGAGUCAAGAAACUUCCAAAAACCCUCCUCGAAGGGGCCCAGACUGAAGUCGAGAAAAACCACCGAACGGUCGCGGCGAUACUUGCGCAGACGGAGGGGAACCUUGAAAACCUCACGCUCUAUUACCUGCCCCACUCCCCGGCCACUGUGGUUUCUGCGCCUUUCCCCAUUGCUUGCCACACCACGCAAAACCUCAAGCGCCUCGAAUUGUGGUGCUAUAAUAUCCAUCACCAGAUUUGUCCGAGCUGCCACGGAGCCCUUGAACAAUUCUCUACAUUCUUCGGUGCAAUCGUCGUCCCAAAUUCCUUGAGGACCCUGGAGCUGAAGAUAUAUUUCAGCGGAACCCCUUCAUUCGACAAUCCCCAAGCGCUCCAAUUCCUCGACCUCUUCAAGAGCGAGUCCCGGGAUGAUCCAUGGUCAAGACUCAAUAACCUGUUUCCCUUGCGACUUCAGACUCUUGACCAAGUUUCCAUCGAGUUGGGGUUCCACCACCCCGACAAAGAACCCAAGCCCCAUGACGGGAAGGAAUUCCUCAGUCAAGUCGAGUCACUGACAAGACUCUCACCUCCUUGUCUUUCUAGUUCCAGUUCUGGCGUCAGGUUCCACCUUAGCGUCGUUACCGGAAAGUUUUGA